GCGUUGGUGACACUGCGCGAGUUGAACAUCAUCCAUUGCGACCUGAAGCCGGAGAACAUCCUGCUGCAAACAGGACCGUCUGUACGCCAGGCCGGCAACAGAUGCGCUUCACUCAGCUCCGAGGUCGUCCGCGACUCGGUGAAACUGAUCGACUUCGGCUCCAGUUGUUUUAUCAACAAAGAAUUCUAUCCCUACAUCCAGUCACGCUUCUAUCGAGCUCCUGAAGUCAUACUUCGGGCUGGGUACAACCAGACCAUUGACAUUUGGAGUUUCGGAUGCCUCGUCGUGGAGUUGAUUAAGGGUGAGGCAUGA